UCUUGACAUCGUGGAAAUGUUGCUAAAGAAUGGCGCCGACCCUAAUAAGGGUGAUGUAUUGGGAGCGGCAGCAGCAUGGGGUCAUCUGGACAACGUGGACAUGUUGCUAAAGAAUGGCGCCGACCCUAAUAAGUCUGAUGCAUUAAAAUGGGCAGCAAGACGUGGUCAUCAGGACAUCGUGGAAAUGUUGCUAAAGAAUGGGGCGGACCCUAAUAAGUCUGAUGCAUUGCGAUGGGCAGCAAGAUAUGGUCAGCAGGGCAUCGUGGAAUUUUUGCUACAGAAUGGCGCGGACCCUAGUAAGUCUGAUGCAUUGGAAUGGGCAGCAAGAAAUAGACAUACGGGCAUCGUGGAGAUAUUGCUAAAGAAUGGUGCGGACCCUAAUGAGGUGAGUGUUCAACUUUAUUAUGCUUGCUCCAUUUAGUGUCUGUUGGCAACAAAUUAACUGUCAUCUGAACUGUAAAGCGUCCCUGUUUCUGUGUGAAUUAUUUAACAAAUAAGAUAUAUCCACAUAUAACAUACAACACAUUUCCUCUGGUUGCACUUAUAUCAGGAUACAAUUGUAUUGAUGAUCAAUUUGAAAUUAAAUUUCUCAUACAAUAUCCAUUACUAGAUUUGUAUCUAAACAUUAACUAGAUACACAAAUUUUACUAAUUCAUUUAAGUGCUGGUGAUUUUGACAUAUUAAUGAUGACCCCGCAAAUGUAUAAAAUAAUAUCAUUUAUAUAUGAUAUCUUGCAAUUCCUACCUUUAACAUCAUACCAAACAAAACUGUGAAUAAAUCAAUGAGAAGAUUUUUGAAAUUUCAGUCAAUUUGACCCUUUAUAAACCCGCCAACCAGGCUCGGGGGUUCGGUCAGGGCCAACAUGUGCAUGCCUUCAGACAGUUAUUUCAUGCUGAUAAUGUUAACCAGGUUUGAAUGAGUUCCAAAGGAAUUUCCAACAAAUAAUAGUCAAAAAUGUGAUUUCUCUAUAUAAAUUAUAACAAAGUUUACCCUCUCCCAACAGGCAAACGUGAAACCUCAAGGUCAUGAAAUUCACAACUUUGGCAGAGCACCAUAACACCCUCCCAUCUCUGAAGAGUGUUUAUUUCUGCCAUAUCUAAGAGUAGAUAAGAAGAUUUUUGAAAUUUCAGUUAAUUUGACCACUUUUAACAUCACCCAUCAGUCCCUUGGGGUCAGUCAGGGCCAACAUCUGCAUACCCUCAAACUGUUAUCACAUGCCCAUUUUAGGCCACCGUGACCUAAAAAGACAAAUCAUUAAAGAUAAAAAUGCUUAAUAAAUUUUCAAUCAUUCAUCUGACGAAAAAAAAUGCAGUUGAUAGUUUUUAAUUGAUGUUAAGCAAAAGUUUUCAAAAAAUAUCAAACUAUACUGAAUAUCU